AGACAGAGCAUGAGCGGGGGAAGGGCAGAGAGAGAGGGAGACACAGAAUCGGAAGCAGGCUCCAGGCUCCGAGCCGUCAGCACGGAGCCCGACGUGGGGCUCGAACUCACAGACCGUGAGAUCAUGACCUGAGCCGAAGUCAGAGGCUCAACCGACUGAGCCCCCCAGGCGCCCCACCAAGUCUGCGUUUCUGGCACAGACUCAUUUAUUGAGAACCUGUAGGAGCAGCGUCUCAAACCUAAAAUGUCCCGACUCUUGCUCUCUCCUCCCAGGCCACAGAACCUGCUCUGAUCCAACUGCUGAGUCCGGGACAUGUGGCCCUGCUCGGCCAGUUGCUCAGAUGCCAUUUGCUUUUGACUCAAGAUGAUUUGAUGUUUUCCUAUAAAGCCCAUUAACCAUGAUGGCUACACAGACACUAAGCAUAGACAGCUACCAAGACGGGCAACAAAUGCAAGUAGUAACAGAGUUAAAAACGGAGCAAGAUCCCAACUGCUCUGAACCGGAUGUGGAAGGAGUGAGCCCUCCCCCGGCGGGCUCCCAGACACCAAUGGACGCAGACAAGCAGGCCAUUUAUAGGCAUCCACUAUUUCCACUACUAGCUUUGUUGUUCGAAAAAUGCGAACAAUCUACCCAGGGCUCAGAAGGCACGACCUCUGCCAGUUUUGAUGUAGAUAUUGAAAAUUUUGUAAGAAAGCAAGAGAAAGAAGGAAAACCCUUCUUUUGUGAAGACCCGGAAACCGACAAUUUAAUGGUGAAAGCAAUCCAGGUUUUGCGCAUUCAUCUUCUUGAGCUGGAAAAGGUUAACGAGCUCUGCAAAGACUUCUGCAGUCGCUAUAUUGCUUGUCUAAAGACGAAAAUGAACAGUGAGACCCUCCUGAGCGGGGAGCCUGGAAGCCCGUACUCCCCCGUCCAGUCCCAGCAGAUUCAGAGUGCCAUCUCAGGCACCCUCAGCCCCCAAGGAAUCGUGGUGCCCGCAUCCGCGCUGCAGCAGGGGAACGUCACCAUGGCAACAGUGGCAGGUGGCACGGUGUAUCAGCCUGUCACGGUUGUCACUCCUCAAGGCCAGGUGGUGACACAAGCCCUGUCGCCCGGCACCAUCAGGAUCCAGAACUCCCAGCUCCAGUUACAGUUAAACCAAGAUCUCAGCAUCUUGCAUCAAGAUGACGGCUCAUCCAAGAAUAAAAGGGGCGUUUUGCCGAAGCAUGCCACCAACGUGAUGAGGUCUUGGCUCUUCCAGCACAUAGGGCACCCCUACCCGACAGAAGAUGAGAAAAAACAAAUCGCUGCUCAGACAAAUUUGACACUACUCCAAGUUAACAACUGGUUCAUCAACGCCAGAAGACGGAUUCUUCAGCCCAUGUUGGAUUCCAGUUGCUCAGAAACCCCAAAAACUAAGAAGAAGACAGCUCAGAACAGACCGGUCCAGAGGUUUUGGCCCGACUCCAUCGCCUCGGGAGCUGCACAGCCGCCGCCCAGCGAGCUGGCCAUGUCGGAAGGAGCCGUCGUGACGAUCACCACGCCCGUGAGCAUGAACGUGGACAGCCUGCAGUCUCUGUCCUCGGACGGCGCCACCCUGGCGGUACAGCAGGUCAUGAUGGCGGAGCAGAGCGAGGACGAGUCUGUGGACAGCACGGGGGACAGCGGGGCCGCGCUCGCCCCCACCCACAUCAGCGGGCUGGUCCUGGAGAACAGUGACUCCCUGCAGUAGGGCCGGCACAGCCCAGAACCGCGGGGCGGGCCUGACUUUUUACAGUUUGCACAGCAAACAUUUUACACACUUUUAUUUCUGACAUGUUUUAUACGUAGAUGGAGAAGAAUGCACUUUUGUAUUUCAUAGUGAGCUUCGAGAGCGCCCUCGCGGGCGCGGCGACUUUCCGGUGUGCGUGUGUGUGCGUGUGUGCGUGCGCGCGUUUUUAAGGAGAUUCUUUAAAGGUUUAACGCUAAAAAUGUGAUGAAUGACAGACACCCCCGUGAGCCCCUAAUUAGUUAAGGAAUAGUGCUGCCAUUUUCUAGAAAAUUAUGCAGUUUUAAUUUCGUUCUGUGGUUGAAGCAGGUCCCGGUGGGCUGAUUGAUUUGUGUCGCCCACGGAUUGGAGAGAAGCUUCUGCACCUUAAAACUGCCAGUGCGAGGUAGACGCCCACGGCAACAAAGUGCGUGUGGCCCGUGGUGAGCGUGCUCUGG